AUGACGAUAAAAAAAUUGUGCUGCUGCAGUUUAAUUUGCUGGUGCUAUUUCCUGCUCGGUAUUGAUGGGUUCUUCGGCCUCGUCAACACCGUGCAUUACUUGAAAAUCGAUUGGCUCGACCUCCGCAACACCACCGACAUUUUCAUGCCGACCUACGAAUGCCUGGGCUCGCUAAAACCGCUAGUGAUGGUCUAUGACAUCUCGUUGCUUUUCAUCGUUAUCCUGGCCAUUGGCGGCCUGUUGACACGAAAGUCUUGGCCACUACUGCCGUAUAUGGUGGCCGCGGCCGUGCAAAUGGUGAGAAAUGGGACUUUUAUUUAUCUGACGCUACGAGGGACACCGGAUUGUGACAGUUGGCUUCCCCUGCUCUUCGUGGAAACUGUCCUCUCAAUCGGCGCCUUUUUCGUUGUCUGGGGCACCCACCACAUGAUCCGCCGAUGCCUCGAUCUUGGGCUCGGAAAGCUGGAGAUCGGUGUCGAGAUGUCGUUGCUGGUCAUCGCCGCUGUGGCCAUGUUGGGUCUCUGCUGCCGCAAAUCAAAGCUUCUCAUCCCAUAUCUCAUCCUUAAGGUGGUGGUCAUCUGCGUGUUCCUGUACAUGACCAUCAUGUACGCCAUGCACUUCAAGGAUUGCGGAGGCCUCCUCUUCGCCCAGGCCCUCGCCCUGAUCAUUGCCGUCAUUUCCUACGGUAUCAUUGCUGGCACCUAUAAGACGAUCAAGGGCGAAUACUCGACCAUCGACAGCUUCAUCCCA